AGUCACCCUCCGGUUGCCAGUCCGCUUCAGUCAGCCAUGGCGGAGGUGGACAUGGCGGCAACACAGGAGGAACAGCCGGAGCAGCUGGAACAGUCCGAAGAUCACACCAUCCAACUGAAGGUGCAUGGGGGCGGAGGCCUCACGGCGACAAUGGUCCCGGAGGGUCUCGAAGGUCUUGACACCCAUGUCUUGGAUGCGACGGUCAGAGCAAGGCUUUCGCCGGAGGAGCGCUUGGCUCGCGAAGUCGCACGCCGCCGCCAGUUGGAGCUGGAGCGUCGACAACGCAUCUUCAACUCCAAGCGUCGACUGAUUGGCAUCGAUCAGCAGACCUUAGAUGCACAAGUUGCUGAGCGUCAGCGGCUGAAAGAGGAGCAACAGCGGCAAGAUGUCGCCGAAGAUCGGGCGAUGUUGGCGCUGGACAAACAGCUCAAGCUGCAUGAGGCUGAGAAGAAGCAGAUGAUUUUUGAGCUGGAGAAAGAAUGCAGGGAGUUCAGCUCCAAGAAUCUCAGCAAAGAACAGAGCGACACCUAUGAUCUCAACGAUCCACUGCGGGUUCGAAAGGCAGAGCCCAUGCGCCGUGGCGAUGCUGACCCGCGGUGUGGCACCUCCAGCAUGCUGAAGUUUGGCGGUGAGGACCUCAUGAAACCGGAGCGCAAGCGACAGCAACAUAAGCAACAGGUGAUGUUCAUAGAGCAGCAGAAGUUUGAGAAGGAGAUGCUCAUUGAAGAGAAUGGAGACAAGAAGUACAUCCAAGAGACAGCGGAAAUGAUUGCACUCCGUGAUGAGAUGGAGGCAAAUGAACAAAAACUGCGCAAGGAGUUGCAGCAAUCACAGCAGGCAGUGAACUUAGAAGCUGCCGCCCAGCGAGCCAAGCAGCAGCAGGACCUUCUGGAGCGAGAGGCAUUGCUAGAUGCAGCAGAGCUUUAUCAUCAUGGGAAUGAUCCCUUCCUCAAUGAGCACACCGACAGCUUGAAUCCAAAUGGCCGCGUGCGAAGAGCGGAAUUCAAAGGUUCAACAAGAAAUGAACGCUUGGAGGGGCGGCGAGUCCUGGAACAGCAAGCAGAAGAGCAGAAUGUGAGGAAGUAUCAUGAGCAGGCGCAGGACUUCCGCUUCCAGAUGCUGCAAGAGGCUGCGCGCAGGCAGCUGAUCUUGCAAGAGCGGGACAAGUCAAGGAGUCGCCGCGCAAUGGCAGAGGCUGUCGCCAAGGAGAAUUUGCAGCUCAAGGCGGAGAAGAUUGAGCAAACAAAGAAGCUCCACGAGCUCUACACCAACAAGUUUUCAGAUGACUUCUGGGCGCAGUUUGGGACAACUACCCGCUAGGAUGUGUUCCAGUUGCAAAAUGGCAAGGGCAAGUUCAGUGGUGGCUUCAUGUAAAAGACAUCAGCACAAACCCUUUUGUGAUCAGCGAAUCGCUUGCUUGGAGCCUUCAGCCCUGUGAUGAUUUGCAUUGCAGAUUGUCACUGUCUCACCACAGCACUUUCACAGACUUUCACCAUGGCCACUC